AUGGUUGGUGGUGAAGUGACGUGCCGGCCGCGGAGAUGGAGUCCGACGCCGGAGCAACUGAUGGUGUUGCAGGAGCUUUACCGGAGAGGACUGAGAAACCCCAAUGGUUUUCAGGUCCGAACCAUAACUUCCCACUUGGCGCUGUACGGGAAGAUCGAAACCAAGAACGUGUUUUACUGGUUCCAGAACCACAAAGCUAGGGACAGGCAGAGGCUCAGGAAAACGCUCAUCAAGCAACAUCUGCGUUAUCGACCGGUGUUUGCUCGACAAGAAGAACCCCAACAACCUGCGCACUCUGCUGCCCAGGUUCAGAAUUGUUGUCAUCAUCAGUUGCUGGAUGGGCGCAGCAGCCUUGAUUUUUGCUCCGCUUUCUCUGAUCACUUAUCGCCUCGUUUCUCUACAUUUCUUCAUCAGGGUGGCGGCGGUGAGAAGAUAGUGAACAUGGGUGUUCCAACAUCAUCCUGCGACGACGCUGGAAGUAGCAUGACGACGAGGAUGUUUGACCGUGAUUGGAUGAUGUUGAUGGAAACAAGAUCUUGUGUUCCUCGUUGGGUGGACAGAACACCCAUAACCCUGCAACUAUUCCCCCUCCAGGCAACCAAUAUCAAGGCCGAAAGCACCACUAUUUCCACUCCUGUAUCUUCUUGCUAG